AUGACCAAUCACAAUGGUAACAACAAUGGCAACAAUCCCAGAGUUGUCAAUGUUGAUAACAUAACGGGUACCAAUAUUAUCAUUCAAUUCAAUCCUGCAUCCCAAUUACCUAUCAAACUAAGCGGUGGUCACAACUUCGCCACCUGGAAAGCCCAAUUUUCCAUGCUUAUGUAUGGCUACAACCUUUUUGGCCAUCUCGAUGGAACCACUCCAUCCCCCUGUCGCACGAUUACUCUCGGCACAAAUAUAUCUCUUAAUCCUGCCUUCUUACCUUGGUUCCGUCAGGACCAACUCAUCCAGAAUGCCCUCAUGGCUUCUAUCGAACCCACUAUUGCCUCUACUGUUGUUGCUACUGACUCAGCUAAAUCAGCUUGGGAUGCUUUGCAUACCACUUAUGCGAACAAAUCUCAAACUCGAGUCUUCAGUUUGCGUGAUCAGCUUGCCCGUGUCACUAAGGACUCUCGCUCUAUUACUGAAUAUCUUCACACUAUUCGGUCCUUUUCAGAUAAGUUAGACACUGCUGGUGCUCCUGUUUCCAAUCCUGAACUCAUCGUCAAAAGACUCAGUAGUCUAGGUCCUGAAUUUCGUGAGAUCUCUGCUGCCAUUCGUGCACGCGAUACGGCUAUCUCCUAUGAGGAACUGUUUGAAAAGCUACUAGACUUUGAACUCUUCCUUCGCCACGAGGAUGCUAAGAAACUACCUAGUUCCAUCACUGCUGCAGUUGCUACUCCCACCAAAUUCAACUCCACUAAUCGCAACAAUCAUAGACAAACCAACAACUCUCAACAAUGGCGCCAAAAUUCGCGUCCAAGCACUCCACCACAAUGGCAGUCCAAUUCCAAUCCGAACGGCGUUACUCGAUGCCAACUAUGUAAUAGAAUUGGCCACACUGCCAAUGUUUGCCGCUUGAAGUCUCAUAAUCACUUUGAAGCAAAAGCCAACUAUGCCGUUGGGUUUACAGCGGACACCAACCCCUGGAUAGUUGACUCAGGAGCCACCCAUCGCAUCACAAUAGAGCCGUAUAACCUAUAA